GGAAAAUCAAGUUUCCCUCUCUAAAAAGAUGGCAGGUGAGGGGGAUGCUACGUCCAGCCUGAACUACAGGGCCGGUCAAGGUCACACGCUUAGUUGUCUCUCAGUCACCGUCGAAACAAGCACGCUACCUGUCUACCGCUGUGUCAUCUGAAGGCAAGCGUUAUAGUCUUUCAGGUGACAAUAUUGUCACCAUGGCAUUCCAAUAUCCUUACGUGUCCAAGUCAGUGGUCUUGGCGGCUACAUAUUUUGCCGCUCUCUUUACAAUGUCCAGUCCUCCUUCGGACAGCUACUACGAUGCUCAUGCUCUAAAAGAGGAAUAUGACUUCGUCGUUGUCGGUGGCGGCUCCGCGGGAAGUGUGGUGGCCAACAGGCUCUCUGCGAACCCUAAAGUUUCAGUCCUGCUCAUCGAGGCUGGAAGAGCAGAAGAUGCGACGAUACGAGUUCCACUUUAUGCGAUGCUUCACCUCCGGGGGCCAUAUGACUGGAAUUACAAGACUGUACCGCAGGAGCACGCUUGCCUCGGUUACAAGGAUAGAAGAAGCGUAUGGGCAAGAGGAAAAGGUUUGGGUGGUUCGAGCCUCAUAAACUUCAUGAUGUAUGUCAGAGGGAACAAGAGAGAUUACGACUUGUGGUCUGAAAACGGAGCCACUGGUUGGUCUUAUGAAGAAGUAUUGCCUUAUUUCAAGAGCAUCGAGACUUUGGACAUUCCAGAACACGCAAAUAACGGUUACCGCGGUGACAGCGGAGAGCUCCCAAUAUCUUUUCCUUCUUUUCAUACCCUCGUCAGUGAUGCUUUUCUGGAAGGUUGCAAGGAACUAGGAUACAAGUACACGGAUUACAACGGAGCCAGUCAGACAGGCUAUUCAAGGGUACAGUUUAACAUCAAGAAUGGCCAUCGCUAUAGCGCGGCAAGAGCAUUUCUAGAGCCUAUAGUAAAAGAAAGGCCAAACCUUCAUAUCACCCUGGACAGCAUGGCAACCAAGAUCCACUUCAAAGGGAAGACUGCUGUGGGAGUCCAUUUCGAAAAGAACGGUGCAAAACACUUCGUCCGUGCCAAGAAGGAAGUCAUCCUAUCAGCAGGUGCCAUCGCAUCGCCGCAACUUCUCAUGUUAUCUGGCGUAGGACCAAACGAAGAACUACGCAAACACAAUAUAGACGUGGUUGCCGACCUUCCGGUUGGUAAAAACCUUCAGGACCACAUAUUUGUCGGAGGAGUCUCAGCAUUGACCGAGGAGAAUCACGCAGUUGACACCAGGAGCUUGUCCGCCAUCACAAGCUACGCGUACGAUGGAGCAGGUCCUCUCGCGAUCCCAGGGGCCGUCGAAGUGCUAGCGUUCAUGAGUUCAUCGUUCGUCAACGAAACCCUCGACUACCCAGACAUUGAACACGUACUCUUUUCUGCAACACCAUCAGCCGAAGAGACGGAGACGUUCCUUUACGACUUAGGAUACACGUAUGAUCUCUAUUCCAAGUACUUCCUGCCACGAAGAGGGAAGUUCGGCUUCAUGAUUUGCCCGGUUCUAAACAGACUAAAGUCUCGCGGUGAAAUUACAUUGAACACGACAAACCCCUACGACCACCCCAUCAUUGAUCCCAAGUACUUCACGCACCCGGAUGAUGUAGAGGUUGCCAUUCAAGCUACAAAACGGACCCUCCAGUUCAUAGAGACGAAGGCAAUGAAGGCCAUCGGAGCGAAGCUUUGGGACAUACCUUUUCCAUAUUGUGUACAUCAUACUCCCUGGGGCGACGAGUACUUAGAAUGCGUGGUGCGGCAUCUAACGCAGACGGCCUGGCACUAUUGUGGCACUUGUGCCAUGGGUGUGGAUGAUAAAGCUGUCGUUGACCCGAGGCUCAGGGUUCGCGGUGGCGUGAAGAACCUCCGCGUCAUCGACGCAUCUAUCAUGCCGGAAAUCGUCAGCGGAAACAUAAAUGCAGCCACCUUAAUGAUAGGUGCAAAAGGCGCUGCGUUAGUUCUAGAGGAUAAUAAUUUAAAUAAAAGCUAAGACAAUUCA